AACAUCGACAAACUCGUUUACAUCCUCAAGAAUAAUGGAACAAACUUUCAGGCCUGAGUCUCCUCCAAUUCUAGAGGUGGUUAUACCGUUUUUGAUUAAAGAGGAAAUACCUUCCCAACAUGAGGGGCAAGAAUCGUCAGAGAUUCCAACCGUUCAACCGGUGAAACACGAACAAGUUUCUCCAAGCGUCGAGGUGAUCAAGAAGCGAGCGUGCCGCACUCGUUUCACAAUUUAUCAAAGAGCAGAACUGGAGGCGGCCUUUUCAGCAUCACCUUACUUGACUCCUCACCAAAGGAUGGCUUUGGCUUCAAGACUCAGAGUCAAACCUGUCGCUGUGCAGUCAUGGUUUAAGAACAGACGAUUUAAGUGGCGCAAAGAAGUACGGGAAGGCUCUCACGCCUCGCCAGCUGCGCUACCUGCACCUGCACAAGGUAUUUCCUUGAUGUAUCAGCCACGAUAUGUCUACAGUUCUGGUCAGUUUCCAGUGUCAGCUCAGUGCCAAGGAUGUUUCACAAGACAACCAUCCAGCGACUCGCAUUCACAUGUAGACUUCACUCCGUAUCCCUAUUCUUCUCACUGACCAACUGUAAAAUAUCUAUGUAUCUUUGCCUUAUAUAUAUGUAUAUUUUUAAAUUUUCUCUUUGCCUAAGACACUCCUGAAGACGAGCCGGAGAGGAGGGGAAGAGGCGGAGGUCUUGAUCGCAGGAAAUAGAUCAUAAUUACUUUUCGUACGCCAGGGCGAAAGAGAUUUCCUUCUUUUUUCCUUUUUUUUCUUUUUCUUUUUUUUGUUUUUGUUUCAGUUCACAGCGAUUGAUAUUUCGGAGUGCCCCCAAAUGACAGAAAGGCUUUAAUCAACCCUCUCUUCCCCCUCUGCUCACACCCAUGAAUUAAAUUUUAAACUACGUAGAAUUUUUGGCCAAUGAAAAAUUUUUAAAUGUAAAUAGAUUUCUAUUUGCCUGCUUUUAUCUUUGAAUACUUUUGACACGUCGCUACGAAUCUUAUGAUAAGACAGUUUUUAUUUCUAAUUCAGCAAAAAUUAGUAUGCGCUGAGACAAAAAUUUGUUGCGAAAAGUCCUAGUACAUAAUUGCGUGUUUUUUUUAAAUAUCUUCAUAAACCUUGUUUUCAAAUCUGGUUUGCUUCCAGUCCCUACUGAGUCUGUUAUCUUCAAUGAAGGCCCUUUCUAAACGGAAAAGCGCUAUGCGAUCUUUCAACUUCAUUUACAAGUUGGUAAAUAGAUUUUUUUUUUUUUUUUACAAAUAAUUGGUCACCAAGCCAGAUACUGGGUUAUUGGCUUCAUGCUCAAAAACAGCAGCAGGUCUGCUUAUUAAUUCCUAUUUUGAGUAACCAAACGAUGUAUUCAUAAUUGAACCUACAUAGAUCGACGUUUUAAGAUGUGAAAAGUUGUUUGCGAAGAAAAACAGUUUUGUUGUUCAGAAAAGAGCUGAGCUGAGCUCAAAUGUAAAGAAAUCGAAAGUAUCAUGGAAAAAAUGGCAAUAGUUGAUCUCAUGAAACUUGGAAGGAUGGAACGCUAUUAAUGGGGAGAUUAAGGUGUGCCCGAGAAAAAUCAACUGAAUUUAUGUCAGUUUUUUUUAAUAGAAACACCGAAACGUCGAAGGCAAAUUAUUUCAACAUGCAUUACCGAGAAAUGGUUAAUUUGUUAAAAUCACUUUAUACA